CGCACGGUGGGCCGAGGCGUGCGCGCCAGGAUUUACACGCGCUCCGCCACGAGCCUCCGUUGCCAGAGGAGAUCCGCGGUCAUGUGGAUUAUUUGACUCGGGGCGAAUCGUUUGGAAUAAAUUGACCUGAGAGCAAGGAGUUUUAAAAUCACAAACGUCUCGAGCGAAAAAGGAUCCUACGAGUGAGUUGAUGCUGAACCAAGUCCGGACUUCCUCUUCCUCCUUGCUGGUUUGGACAAGUUGUAAUCGCUGACUGGCCGUCCUGUAAAGGUCUUUGUGAUUGGACGUUUCUGAAUCCGAGCCUGCCACAGCGUCACUCGGAGCCGGUGGCCACCAUGUUUGGCUGACAUCACCAGCCCUCCCCUCCCCAUCCUCCUGCUGCACCAUGGCCCCUCCCGCCUGGCUGCCGCCACGCUGGUCUCCGGUGGCGUUACUCGCGCUGGCUUUCUGCGUGCCGUCGGUGUGCACCCUGUCAACGCCCUUUCCCAAAGACCUGGAACCAAUCAGCGUUGUCGGCUGGGAGCACUCCCAUCAGUACCCAAGCUUUCAGGGUCUGGUUCAGGAUAAUGAUACCAUCCGGUUGGGUCUGGACUUCCAAAAGAUGUUACGCAUCAACCACAUGCUCUACAUCGCUGCAAGGGAUCACGUGUUUGCGAUGAACCUGACCACGGCUUCUGAAGAGUUUGUUCCUCAGCUGAAACUGACGUGGCGGUCUAAAGACGUCAGCAAGUGUACUGUCAGAGGGAAGAACAGCGAUGAAUGCUACAACUACGUCAAAGUUCUGGUUCCUCGUAACGAUGAGACGCUCUUCGCCUGCGGGACCAACGCCUUCAACCCAACCUGCCGGAACUACAAGAUGAGUUCUCUGGCGCAGGUCGGGGAGGAGGUGUUGGGUCAGGCUCGGUGUCCCUUUGAGUCGGGUCAGUCCAACGUUGGCCUGUUUGCAGGUGGAGAUUUCUACUCAGCCACCAUGACGGACUUCCUGGCCAGCGACGCCGUCAUCUACCGCAGCCUUGGUGACGGCCGGCCCGUCCUCCGGACCGUCAAAUACGACUCCAAGUGGUUGCGAGAGCCUCACUUCCUUCACGCUAUCGACUACGGAAACUAUGUCUAUUUCUUUCUAAGUGAGAUUGCUGUGGAGUACACCGCCCUCGGAAAGGCGAGGUUGAACUGUUCGAUUCCCGGUGAUUCGUUCUUCUACUUCGAUGUGCUGCAGUCGCUCACCAAUGUGCUGCAGAUCAACCAGCGCCCCGCGGUGGUUGGAGUCUUCACUACACAGGCCAAUAGCAUCCCCGGCUCGGCCGUCUGCGCCUUCUACAUGGACGACAUCGAGAGGGUGUUUAAUGGCAAGUUUAAAGAGCAGAGGAACAGCGACUCCUGCUGGACACCUGUUCCAGACGACCAGGUCCCCAGACCCAGACCUGGUACGUGUGCGGGCGAUGGCCAGGCAUCGGAGUACAAGUCUUCAGUUCAGUUCCCCGAUGAGAUGUUGACCUUCAUCAAGUCGUAUCCUCUGAUGGACGAAGCCGUUCCCUCCGUCAACCGCACGCCCUGUUUCACCAGAACCUCCAGCAGGUCCAAGUUGACUCAGAUCGUGGUGGACGUGUUGGCCGGUCCAUACAAAGACCGGACAGUUCUGUUCCUCGGUUCUGAAGACGGCCGAGUUCUGAAGGUUCUGGCGAGCACGCACCCCAAUGAUACCUUCAGGUCACAUCUGCUGGAGGACAUCGACGUCUACAACCCCUCCAAGUGUAACGUACAAGGUCAGGAAGACCGGAGGAUUCUGGGAUUGGAGCUGGAUAAAGAACACCAUGCUCUGUUUGUCUCCUUCAGCAGCUGCGUCAUCCGAGUGCCGCUCAGCCGCUGCAAUCAACAUGGAGCCUGUAAGAAGGCCUGUCUGUCCUCUCGUGACCCAUACUGCAUCUGGCUGCAGACCGGGAGUUGUGCCAGCAUGGCACCAGGUUUCAAGGCAGGGUUUGAGCAGGACAUUGAGGGUGACCAUUCUCAGUAUGCUGACAGUUGUCAUGACGGACUGACCACCAGCCAGAACCAGGACUCCACUGCCGACACCUCCUACGGUGUGCGUCGCCCCGUCGAGGCGGAAGGGGGCGGGGCCAGCGUCCACUACACGUUGCUGAUUGCCUGUGUUCUGGUGGCGUUCUUCCUAGGCGCCAUCCUCUCCGCCUUCCUGGUUUCCUGUUACUGCAGCCAAAGCGCCGCCCAGCGGGCGAGCCGGCUCAGCAAGGACCCCGAGGCCUCGCUGCCCCACGCCCUCUCCCUGCGCUCGCUCGCGAAGCUCAACGGCCUGCUGGACGGACAGCCGAAGGAGGAGAAGCUCACUGUCUCCACGCCAAAGAUGUACAGCUCCUUCAUCCCCAACGGCAGGACGGAGCCCCUCCGACCCCCCGCUCACCAGGGCCUCCCCCUCGGGGAUCCUGACCGCAGCCUCUCCCAGGGUGAUGGGGAGCUCUCCGGUCUUCCCACCCCAGACUCCACCCCUGAGCUGCCGAUCAAGAACAUGAAGGCCCUCCAGAACCAGCAGUACGAGAAGAACCAGAACAGCAACAACGCCAAGGAGAGUAACCCAACCUCCAGCUCCGGUUCUGGCUCCGGCUCCGGGCCGGGUUUUAUGGCCGUCGUCGAGAGCUCACUGAGUCAGCCGGUGUUUGCCUUCUCUCACCACCACAGCAACAAUCUGAGCAAUGGGGCGGCACACGGGGCUUGUGCCUCCUUCUCCUCCUCCUCGCUGCACCUUACUGAAGAGAGGAGGAUCUCAAACGAUGAGCGAGCAUCAGGGGGAGGUGUGGGGAAAGGAGCAGGGGGCGGUGUGGGGGAAGGAGCAGGGGGAGGUGUGAAGGGAGGAACGGGUGGAGCCGUCCCCCAGCAGUCGCUCCCUCAGACGGUGGUGGACGUGUCGGCUCUAGACGAGCUCCUCAAACACAUCCAGGAGGUCAGCGCCUCGGGGAGCGGAGGGAUUAAAGUGCUGACCUCUACCUCCUCUUCCUCCCUCUUCUCCUCUUCCUCCUCCUCCUCAGUAGCCCAUCAUCACCAUCACAAUCAUCAGCAGCAGCAGCAGCACAGCCAGACACGCAGCCACCACUACAGCCAGAGUCAUCCCCACAGCAACCACCACAGCAACCGCCAUAGCAACCACCACAGCAACAGUAACCAGCAAAACCCAGAAAUGGAGUCUGCUCCAUUGUAUCUCAGCACCUCCGCACUCCCCAGUGACGGUCUGCCCAAACACCUUGAUGCACCCUCUCACAACUCCUCCUCCUCCUCCUCCUCCACGCCUCUCCAGCAGCAGGUGAUCCCAGAGCAGCCCAGCGCGGGCGGGGCCGACACGGCCAUCAGUGGCAUCACAGCGACGCGGCCUCACCCCCGACACCACCCUCUCAUCAAGAUGGGCAGCGGGGGCGGAGGGGGCAUGUCUCGCCACCACAGCUUUAACCAGCGGGGGGCGCCGCAGCCUCACUUCCUGGCCAGAAUGAACACCAACAGCAGCAGCAACGGCCCCGCCGGGGGCGCCGUAGACACCUGCGUAGCCCGCAGGUCGCUGGUCGCCAGCACCUGUCUGACGAGGCAGCACAGCUACAGCGAGCCGCCCCACGCCCAGCGGUCGGCCAUCGUUCGGCGGACGGCGUCGCUCAAACCUCAGCUGCCGCCCAAACCGCUGUUCCUCCCCAACGCGGCGACAUCAGACUCAAGGAAGUAUUGAGACAGGUGCAGGGGGUGCCGCCGGGGUACGGCUGUGCCAAUAUGGCUGCCGAUACACUCGCUAGGACGUGGGAAAAAGGGGAAAAGCUCCAACAUGGCCGCACUACACGUGAGGUUAACAGAGAGAGAGAGAGAUUUAACAGGAGACGGGGGAACUGAGAGUACUUCCUGUUAGUCUUCAUCAGGACCAAUCAGCUGAGGAUCUUUCCCCUGGAAAAGUGAAGACAGAGAGGAAAAUCCUGACUGACUGCAUCCCCCCCUCCCCCCCCCCUCCCACCUCUCUCUAUCUCGGAUUCAUGGCCAUUCAACCUGACCCACUGAAAGUCCAGCAGGCAGCGUGAAGACGGACAGAACGGGUGUCAUCUUAAGGGACCGUGGCUCAGACCGAGCACCCCCUGCUGGACGGUGGAUAAAAACAGUUGUUCUGGUUUCAUUGCCCGAACUUGGGCGUGGACGGAGACCUGGGCAGUCCGAGAGCAAGAUGGCUUCCUGACCAUCUGUUGUAGACUUCUUCUAGAAACUGCUCCGAGUGUUUAACAACCCCCCACCACGUCGGUGCUGAGUCAGACACCUGGGGGAUGGCAUGCCUUUUUACAGACACACACACUCUCACUCACACACACACACACACACACACACACACACACACAGACCAGUCACAUAGUUUUUGAAUGGACGCUGUUUUCCCACAGCCAAACCGUCGUCCCUUGUCCCCGGGUUGGUUGGCGUCUGCCAGAGAAAUGUCCGACUUCCCGCCUCAGGACCCGGCCGACGUGGAAGGGAAACGUCUGGCGGUUUCCUCGCUCCGGGUCAUUUCCCCGUGGGCGGGGCGAUAAGACGUCCCCGGUGUUUUUUCAGGGUCGCUGCAGCUUCCCAUCGGAGCGGGGGGGGGGGGUCUGUUUUAGAGGGCGCGGAUCCAGGUCCGGCUUCCUGUUGUCUGACGGCGGCGUGCUUCUGUUUGCCCCGAGAGAGGAAAGACGCUGACACACACGCAGGUUUCGCAGGCCUGUAACGAUGGCGGCCAUGUUCCGACAGGAGCCUUCCCGUUGAGAUCUGGUGCAAACUUGCCGGUCCCGCCUCCCGGCACCUCCACCCACAGACCUGGUGAACGUCCUUUUGUACCACAUUGGUAUCCAGCGACGCCGCUUCUGUCAGGGGUCACGGUGAGGUGGGUGGUGGUGGUGGUGUUGACGGUGGAGGUGGCGGAUGAAUAAAAGCGAGUUGUGCCGUAACUGUCAAGUGUUGCUGAAGAGAGUCUGAGCUCGGCAGAAAUGCUUUUGAGGUGACUCGACUACAGAAGGGGGGGGGGGUUCAGAUUUUAAUAUUUCACCUGUGCCCAAAGGCAGGAAACCCCGGCUUCAGAAAGUAGACGUACUCACCGCGUAUUUGCUCCACCCGUGGACUAAACCAGCUACCUGCAUGGGUGGAGCAAAUAUGCGGUUAGUACUUCUGCUUCCCGAAGCGGAGUCUUCCAUAAUAAGCCCGCUUCACGGUCACGCGGGGUCUCCCGUACUGCCCACAGUUCCCGUCAUCCUGCACUUCCGGGUGUACGUCAACAAAACUGUCCAGUGAAUGAGUGGGACGGAGAUGGAGAUAUGACGAGGGUCUUCUACCGCCACAUUUUAAUUAGCCGAUAGCACAUCGACGUCCGUAUUCUCCUAAAAAAUGACUGGCCGCGAUUGGCUGUCAAUCAGAUCAAACUCCCGCCCCUCACUAAGUCCCACCACACCGUCGUUCCAUUCCAUUCAGAUAAACGUCACGUUGUGCGGGCUCGUUGUACAUCAGAUGUCGUUUCAUGAGACAUGCGAGGAGGUAUGUGUCUCGGUCAUGUGUCUCGGUCAUGUGUCUCGG